AUUGAAAAAUAUACGAAGUCAAUUUUAAGACAUUUUGUACAGAAUAUUAAAAAACUUUGUAUGAAAUAGUCGUGUUUUUAAGUUUAACGUCGAAGUGAGAUAAUAAAACGAACUAGAGCAGCACUGCGUGGCGUUCUUUUGGGUGGAUAGAGACUCGAAUAAAGAUUAAUUGAUCAUUGAGAGGGUUUUUUUGUAUUCCCAUGCUUAAGACUGCUGCUUCUCAUGUUUUGUGACGUAUUUUUUGUAAAGCAGACAUUGCUGUGAGCGUGAAUAUUAUUGAACUCAAAGUAUUCGUUAGUAAUUAAAGAGAAAAGAAAAAAAAAUUAAAGAAGCAAGAAAGAAAUUGUUUGUUAAAGUGAAGGAAAACAGCUACAAAGUGGAUAACAUAAUUUUAAGUUUUAUGAACGAAAUUCAACAACAGCAACAAUAUUACAAUAUGGUCAACACAAGUAAAAUGGGUGACUUGGAUGUCAAUUUGAUUACGUUGUAUGCUCGAACACCGGCCCUGUAUGACAAACGUAAUCCCUUCUAUAAAGAUAAACAGUAUUCGGAACGAGCAUGGAACGACAUUUCAAUGAAGUUGGGAUACAAAGGUAAUCGCUAUCAGCACGAUGAUGUCGCUGACUUAGAUACUGAAAGUCUUGAUCCUUUUUCAGUUGAAAUUCUUAAAGAUCGCAUGCUUCAACUUCGAAACCGAUAUAAUCUUGAGAAGAGAAAAAUUGAAUCGAUGCGAUCAGCAACAUGUCCAAAUCCAAAAUCAACGUGGGCACUGUACAAGUAUUUACUCUUUUUCGACGGGCACAUCAAACAACGACGAUCCUACAAGAUGCUCAAGAAGAUACAAGACGCUGAGGCUGAGAAAUCUCGUAGUAGCGAUAAUCGACAUGAGAACUCUAUGGCGAGCUCAUCUAAUAACGAAUCAUUCUCUGGUGAUUUUGCCUUGAUGUCUAAUUUCAUGCGCGAUCGCAAUAAUUCCAUGAAUGAGAUUAAGAAUGAAGAAGAUUCCGACCUUGACAUGGUCGAAGCCAUUCCAAUACUCAACGACAAUUCAUCUGAUUCUCAAAUAUUAAAUUUUAACAAUGCCAAUGGUGCCAAAAACGGUAAUGCUUCGAAUCAUCAAAAUACGGAGAGCAGUCCUAUAAAUGAUUCUUCUGGUGGUCCGCCACCAAUGACCAUUAUUCCCCAGCAUCCUUAUGCUGCAACAACUACCUCAACAUCCUACGACAGUUUCGCCAAUCUUGAUAAAAAGUUCAACAAAUACAAUGCAUUUGGACAAUUUAUUGCAGCUUCAUUAGCUGAUUUAACUGACGAUAAAGCGACCGAUGUUAUGCAACGAAUAACAAUGGAAAUAUUUGCAGCCCAACGCGAUCUAAAUUAACUUCUCAUGAACAUAAAUAAUUUAAUGAUUUUCCAUUUUCCUUCUACAUUGAUUGCCAAGUAAACAACAAACCAACAAGUCCGAGGAACAAUAAAACAAAACAAAUUUUCAUUAAUUAAAUAUUAUUGAUUUAAAAUACUAUUUAAGUUAUAAGUUCUCGACUAAAUAAGUAUGAGGCCAUCUUCACUCAUAUUAUUGAAUAAAACCUGCAUUCGUAUUUUUUUAUUGUAUCAGAACCGCAAUCGUUCAAAUUUGAACAAAAAUAAAGAACAAUAAAGAAUAUCGUCGUCAUUUAAGAUACAAGAAAUUAAAUAAUUCUCUAUUUUGAUUGAAAUGUUAUUGGCUUAUGACUCGAAUGAGCAUUGAAAAAAAUUAUUUAGUAUCUGAAAUGAAAUAUUUAUAUGCAUGAAUAUUAAGAGAAGAAUUGCUUCGAAUUCAA